UCUACAGAGACUUUAACCCGUUCGUGCACAAGCCAUGAUGUAUCAUGAGGGGCGCGCUCAGCUUCUAGUGCGGGGUUGCUUCCGACCAUUGGGAAGCCGAGUAAACCGCCUGAGAGGUAGAUAGGCGCAUCAUCCGCCCAUCGCAGCUCCCAUCUCAUCUCUACCCUUCUCUCAUCCUUGCUUUACUACCUGGAUACUGUCUUUCAUUUUGAUAACUGCAAUGGCAGACUCGAUCGAGCUCAAGGCACCUAAUGGCGCGACCUGGACGCAGCCCACCGGCCUCUUCAUCAACAACGAGUUCGUGGCAGCAAAGUCUGGCGAAAUGCUGGAGACUAUCAAUCCUUUUGAUGAGUCUGUGAUCGCCAAGGUCGCAUCCGGCGGUGCAGAAGAUAUCGACAUUGCUGUAGCAGCAGCACGCAAAGCAUUCAAGUCACCAGAGUGGAGUGAUAUCUCGGCCGCUGAACGCGGCGCACUAUUGUGGAAGCUUGGGGACCUUUGCGAGAAGAACGCACACAUUAUUGCUACUAUUGACGCGUGGGAUAACGGAAAACCUUAUCAACAGGCCCUAGACGAGGAUGUUGGCGAGACCAUUUCUGUCUUUAGAUACUAUGCAGGAUGGGCGGACAAGAUAUACGGUCAGACGAUCGAAACAUCGAAAACAAAGCUGGCAUACACAAAGCAUGAGCCUCUAGGCGUUUGCGGACAAAUCAUCCCGUGGAAUUUUCCGGUUAUGAUGGCUGCCUGGAAGCUCGGUCCUGCACUCGCGUGCGGCAACACCGUAGUGCUUAAACCUGCCGAGCAAACACCGCUCAGCGCUCUUUACCUCGCUUCACUGAUCAAGGAGGCUGGAUUCCCUCCCGGCGUAGUUAAUGUUGUGAAUGGUCUUGGAAGAAGCGCUGGCUCGCGCCUUGCUGAGCAUCCAAGAGUUGACAAGAUUGCAUUCACCGGCAGCACUCUCACCGGUAAAGCCAUCAUGAAGGCUGCUGCAGGCAAUCUUAAGGCUAUCACUCUAGAGACUGGUGGCAAAAGCCCGCUUCUUGUUUUCGAAGAUGCCGACCUAGAGCAAGCUGUAAAAUGGUCGCAUAUGGGGAUUAUGGGGGGCGCCGGACAAGUAUGCACGGCUACAUCACGUCUUUACGUCCAGGACACUAUCUGGGACAAGUUUCUCGACGCUUUCAAGAAGCACACGAAGGAGAACACCAACGUUGGCAGCCAAUUCGAUGCGGACACCACCCACCCACCUCAGAUAAACAAGGCCGCCAAAGAGAAGAUCCUUGGUUACCUUGACUCAGCGAAGUCCGAAGGCGCUGAGCUCGUACACGGCGGCAAACAAUCCGGCAUACCUGAGAAGGGUUACUUUGUCGAGCCUGCAGUCUUCACCACAACCAACAACGACAUCAAGAUUGUGCAGGAGGAGAUAUUUGGACCUUUCGUAGUCAUCCAACCUUUUAAGACUGAAGAGGAAGCUGUUGAGAAGGCAAAUGAUACUCAGUACGGUCUCGGCGCUGCAGUGUUCACGAGGGACAUCGUGCGGGGACACAGAGUUGCAGGCAACAUCGAGGCGGGCAUGGUUUGGAUCAAUAGCUCGCAGGAUUCACAUUUCGGUAUUCCCUUCGGCGGGUACAAACAGUCUGGAAUCGGUAGGGAACUGGGUCAGUACGCUCUCCAGUCGUACACGCAGGUCAAAGCGGUGCAUGUCAAUCUGGGAACUUGGUUAUAGGAAAGAUUUCUGUCAUAUGAUGCACCAGAAUGAUCUAACGUUUCCUUGUUUGAGAGUAUGCGUGAAGCUCGGAAUGGACUUUCUCUUCCAACCACCAAGAACAUACGUUGAUAUCACAACUAUCGCGCGUUCAUCAUUGGAACGACCUCGACUUCAAGACGGAAAAUACAUGGACUUGGCCAAUUAUGAACAAAAUUGGAUCAAAAUGCUGAUCUUGAAUUAUCUCGUUGGGUCCACGAUUGUUGAGUUAUGAAAAUUGUUUCGCAUAGUACUACUAUUGGACCGAAUCGGUUAUCUAGAGUAGAGUGCGUUACACGGUGCUAGUCCCGACCGAUAUGUGCUAGUUGAUGUCAUCAGGCUCUGCGUGUAGUAGUGGGCUGAUAGAG